GUUUAUUUAAUUAAUAAACUGAAAUGUUAUAGAUGGUUUAAUAUAUUUCUAAAUACUAAUGGGUCGACUAGUGUAUAUUAAUCUCGGAGAUUAGCAAUUUACUCUUAUCUUUAUCAAUACACUUGUAAAACUUGGAAAUGGAGAAACAGAGACAUAUAGUUAUGGUCCAUGGGGCUUCUCAUGGAGCAUGGUGCUGGUACAAAGUAGCUGCUCUCCUUAAAUCAUCUGGUCAUAAAGUUACAGCUCUGGACCUUGCUGCUUGUGGUGUAAAUCCAGAGCAGGUGCACCAGCUCAAAUCAAUAUCUGAUUAUUCUGAGCCGUUAAUGGAUUUUAUGAUGUCUUUGCCAUCGGAAGAAAGAGUGAUUCUAGUGGCUCAUAGUUUUGGUGGGCUUGUCGUUUCUUUUGCCAUGGAAAGAUUUCCUGAUAAAGUUUCUGCUGGAGUAUUUGCUACAGCUAUGAUGCCAGGUCCUGACUUGAGUUACAAAACUUUGAUUGAAGAGUAUAAUAGAAGAAUUAGAAUUGAUGAGCCAGACAACCCUUCAACCUCUCAACUGUUUGGGCCUAAAAGCUUGUCAACUUAUUUAUACCAACUCUCCCCACCGGAGGACUUGAUGCUUGGAAUGAUGUUAAGAAGACCUCAUCCUCUGUUUAGUAACGAUGCAAUAGAAAGGGAAGCAGUGUUCAGCAGGAAUAGAUACGGAGCAGUUCCUAGAAUUUAUAUAGUAUGUGGCCAAGAUAACAUGGUAAACCAGGAUCUUCAGAGGUGGGUAAUCCGAACCAAUCCGCCUGAUGAGGUAAAGGUUAUCCCUGAUUCUGAUCACAUGGUCAUGUUUUCGAAACCACAAGAACUUUGCUCUUGCCUGGAGGAGAUUGCCAAGAAGUAUGCUUGAAUAUAUAAUUUACCUCUUGAGAGUAAUCUUUAUGUUCUUUUCUUGAGAAAGAUUAAUGAACUUACCUUUUAGACA